GAUUUUCGUGCGAGAAAAUAAGUUCAAGAAUCGCGAGGUUCAGAUAGUUCUGAUUGAUCAUUCCGCGACUAUAAACCAGCACUGUAAUACGGGCUUUAUCUGCUGCACAAGAAACGAGAGACAAAAUAUUUUUGAUCUGUCAGAUCUUUUAGGAUAUUUUUAAGACAUGGAUGAGAGAGGAGGUUAGUUGACUAUUGUAAAGUAACAUAGAAUUACGUAUCUACUGUUGGUAGAUCUACUACGAUAUGCACAGAACAGAGGAAGACUCAGAUUGGGACUGCGAAAUGUUUAAUAAUAAAGAUCUCACAUGCGAAAAUGAAAAAGAUACACAGGUGCUUGAAGAAAACACAAGAGUGAAUACACAGAGCUAUAAUCGUCACACAUGCUGUGUUGCUUGCCGUAAAAUGCAGAAAACGUUACUUCAGAAAAUGGAUGUGCUCAUAAACUUACUCUCAAGUCAACAAGAAAAGAUAUCACUUUCCGCAUCUAAUGCUACAUAUGAGACAAAUAUAUUACCACAUUUUCCAUUAUCGACAACUGAUGAAUUGAUGCGAUUUAACGAAGAACUUGAAAAAUAUGAAGAUCUCAAAAUAAUAUUCAAAUCGAGUAUCUCAACACUUGGGGGAAGAAGUCCUGAGCAUAAAGUUAGAAAUAUAUUAAAGCAUAUACUUACGGAUGAAUUGUGUCGUCAAAUGUCAUGGACGGGACAGAAGGGCUCUAUACCUAUUAAAGAUAUAAUGACAAUCUCUAUAAUAACAGACUAUAUUUCUAGUUCGACGACGCUCGAUAUUUAUACUAUACAUAAAAUAAUUGCAGAGUGGUUGCGACACGCGGGAGAUCGCAUAAGAUAUAGAACAAAAACCGAAAAAAAAGACGGAUAAAUGAUGAAAGAAAUAAAAACC